AUGGAAUCACCAGAAACACCAGUUGCUCCAACACUUUUUCGCCCCCUCCAGUCGAUGAUUAUAGGUACUUCAAGUGGAACAGCACAUGCACCAAGCAGCAUCCAUUUUCAGAAGGCUUUAUUGCCGAAGACAUUUGUAAACCAUCCAUCAACUUCACGUGCAUGUACUAUUGAAUCACUGACCGAUAAUGUUCCUGAUCGGCCGGAAAUAUUUUCUCAGCCGAAAAGGAAAUCACGUUCUGUCGCUGACAUAUUCGCUAGUAUCGAUAAUGAUAACGAUGAUGUUCGGUUUCGUCAUGAUGAUAUGAAACCGCAGAAGUCACUUGUGGUUGAAUCAAAUUAUGAUUACACUCCAAAAAGGAAGGAUGAAUUGAAACUGAAGCGUGGAGCAACGAUCAAAGUGAUACGUCAAGAUGGGGAAGAAGGUUGGUGGUAUGGAGAAAAAUUGGAUGGCAGUGGAAAGAAAGGAUUUUUCCCACAAAAUCAUGUGCAGUUAGCAAAGGGUCUGGCGAAGGAAAUCGAUCCAAACGAUAUUCAGUUUACUGGUUUGUUAGGUGCCGGUGGCUUUUCAGUUGUGAAAUCAGCAAUUUAUAAAAGACGAGAAGUAGCUGUGAAAAUUCCACAUUCAAAAUUUAGCAAGAAAGAAAUAUUGGAAGCAGUUCGUGAGGAGGCUAGUAUUUUUCAAAUGUUGGAUCAUGGAAAUAUUGUUGAAAUGUAUGGUGUUAUUGUUGGCGAUGAACCUGCCUUAGUUCUCGAACUUUGUAGAGAUUCACUGGCAAAAAUAUGUUCUAGUAAAAAGAACAUAUCGCUCUCCGAAGAGAUCAUAAGUAAUUGGGGUAUUCAAGUUGCUCGUGGAAUGAGUUAUUUGCAUAGUUUGAAUGUUCUUCAUAGGGAUUUAAAGGCGGCUAAUGUUCUGAUCAAAGAAAAAGUUUGCGACUGUUUAUUGAAUGUGGAAGCAAGUAACGAUGAACAGUUAGCUCAUUCACUACAAGCCAAGAAUGGUGUAUGCCAUAAAUGUGGUGGUUCAGCGCUAAACUGUCUUACAUUAAAAAUCGCUGACCUUGGCUUGUCGAAGAAGUUGAGAGUUGCUGACUGCAGAAUGAGCGUUGUGGGUACAGUACCGUAUCUCGCACCAGAGGUUAUCCGUGAUCGUAAAUGCUCCAAAGCAAUGGAUGUUUGGAGUUUUGGGCUCGUUCUUUGGGAGGUGUUGACGGGUGCAACACCGUUCGAAGGUUUGGGUCCUGGUGCUGUGCAACUACAGAUUGGAACAUUUGUAAAACAAAAAAUCCCUUCUUCGUGCCCACCAGAUUUGAGGCUAAUAAUUGAAAGUUGUUGGCGUGACGAUCCACUGCAGAGGCCAACAUUCAAAGAGUUAAUUGUUGAACUGGAGAAAUUUGGCAUCAAAUUCCGAACAACGGAUCCACAUGAUCAGACGUUUUUGGAAAACAGUUUGAACACGUUACGGAAAAGUAUGAUGGAAGAAAUAUCAUCAAUUGCAAGCGAAAUGGCCCGAAAAGCGGAAGAAUUACAGAAACGUGAAGAAAACUUAAAGAAGGGUGAAAGAGAACUGAAACUUAAGACAAUGAUUUUCGAAUUGCAACAGACACUCUCAGAAAGACCGCCAAAGGAAAAACCACAACCACCAAAAAGGCGCCAACAUUUGAAGUGCGAGGAUAUUUCUAAACCAUAUGAUCUCAAAACCGAGAUUUCAUUAACGAAGAAUAUGCAAAUGAUUGAAUCUCUUAAUAGAGAUGUUGGAACAGGAACAGCAUUGAACGAUAUCAGGAUAAACGGUUCAACGGAUCAGUUAUCUCUUGCGUCAAACACUAAGUGUGUCGACGAUACCUGCUUAGGAUUUGCCACACUUCCUCGAAUCCCAAAAAAAUUUACACUGAAAACUGAGAAUUUUGAUUGUGUUGAAUCUUCUCCGGUGCAGCAACGAGGACCAUCGAAGAGUACGCCGGAUCUGUUAAAGCUUUAUCGUCUACCAGUUCAUAACGCAAGUCCCAAGUUGAAACGUGUCAAUGCGUGUAAAGUAAAGCGUGAAUCGACUCGUACCAGUGCUGAGGAAGAGGUAGACGAGCGAUGUGUAGAAGUAAUAAAUGAUAAAGAUCUGGAAAGUCUUCUUGAAACUACUGCUCACCAGCAAACAAAGACUUUCUUAGAUCAUUUGGCAACACCACGACGUGUCGUGCAGUUACCACCAUCAACAAAGAAUUUGGCUGCCGACCAUCAUAUAAAAUCUACUUCCACAGCUGAUGAGCGAGCACGAUCAAAAUUAAGCAAAGAAGAAGAUCGAGGAUUCUUUCGUAGCAUUUUCAAGCGUGAUACUAAAGAUCGAAGUGGACAAGUUGCUGGAACAUUUCCGAAAUCAAUGAUUGCUCGAUCACCUUUGGGUCCAUCCACAAUCGGACCAUCCGCAAUUUUGAAAAAUAUAACGCCAUCAAAACAUACUAGAAUAAAAAGUCCAACGAAGCCAUCACCAACAAAAGCUGGGAAAAAGAAAAAGUAUUCUACAGAAAGCAACAAAUAUGACUUGACCGAGAAUUCGAAAACAUUUACAAAAUCUGGCGAACGGCGAAUUAGUGCAACUCCAUCUCAAACCAGUGCUGUAUAUCCGGUGAGCAGUAGUCCAGUAUCGGUUUAUUGUUCGAGCGAUGAGUUGUAUUCAGCUAAACGAGCACCAUAUGAAAAAUUAUCUGAAGCAUCAGAUCCAGGAAUGAUGGAGAAUCCGUUAUAUAUUCUGCCGAAAAAUUUUCCACCACGUGGUCGAGCAUCGACAUCUACAUCUCGAAUUUUUUUCAAUACAACUUCUCAGCGUUCCUCAAAAAGUCCUUCUUUCUCUACUUCAUGUGAUGGUCGACUUAGUAAUAAUGGUUUGAGUACAAUCGAAAAUCUUUCAUACAAACCACCAAAUGAAAUGAAAGUUUCAUGCAGCACUCUGACACAAAUAACCUUGGACAGUCCUGUUGAAGGUGGCUUGGAUAUAGAUGCUACAAAGCAUUCAGUCAAUUCCCUUAACAGUGAAAGUGCUUCAUUCUGUGACGACUCAUCAUUUUUUAUCGAUCGGUCAUUACGUGGUACAACAUUGAAUGUAAGCAAUUCAUAUAUACCUAUGUCAGCAACCGAACAAAAUCUGCUAUCUCCGCCGUUUCUUGAUCACUGUAACGACCAGAAAGAAAGUUUUGUUCUUGGUGAUGCUAUUCAUCAUAUUUCUGAGAGUGAACAAGGUCCACCCGAAAUACAGGCACCAGCCUUACCUGGAGCAGCCGUAGGAUAUCGACCACAACGACCAUACACGCUGGAUCUCACUUCGCCACCUACUCCUGCUGAAAGUGGAAUAAGUACUGCAGGAAGUUCUUAUCGUAGUUUUUCGAGCGUUGAUCAAGGACUACAAGAUCAUGCUCCACCGACUUCUGUGGAUUCCGUUCCACAUCUGGCCCCACCAAUACCACCACGAAAUAUUGCAAGGCGUCCUGAAGAUGAAGCUUUGCAACGUCAACGAUUAAGUCCUGUUUCUCAAUCGCCUUAA